AUGUGUCAAUAUGAAAUGACUUAUUAUCAUACAUAUGAAUAUAAUCGUACUAAUUUUACUUGUUAUACUCAUUUACAAUGUAAUCGUGGUCCUUUUCCAACAUGUUUGGAUUGGAGUAAAAUUUGUGAUGGACAAGUAGAUUGUCUCGAUGAUAAAUUUGAUGAAGAAUAUUGUUGGCAACUUGAAAUAAAUGAAUGUAAUGAUAAUGAAUAUCGAUGUACUAAUGGACAAUGUAUACCGCAGUCAUUUUUUCGAGAUGAUUCUAACAUUUUUGAUUGUCUUGAUGGUUCUGACGAAAUUUUAAUGAAUAUUGAACAAAAUUACAAAUGUAAUAGAGAUAUACCAUCAUUUAAAUAUGAAGAAAAGAUAUGUCAAUUUAUUGAACUGAGUCCGAUAAUUAUCGAAGAACAAAAUGUAACAGAUGAAAAAGAAUGUGAACAAUGGUCAUGUAUUAAUAUUUAUACUCGUUGUGAUAGUUUAUGGAAUUGCCCACAUGGUGAAGAUGAAAUUGGUUGUAAUUUAUCUUCAACAUUAAAUUAUUCAUUAGAUCAUCACAAAUGUGUUUCACUUUAUACAAAUGAACUCAUUUGGCUUCCUAUUAAGCAAGCAAAUGACGGUAAAAUCGAUUGUCUUGGUGCUACUGACGAACCAACAUUAUGUCAAGAAAAAUAUCACACAAUAUUUUAUGAUAAUUUUUAUUGCAUAGACUCUAGUUAUCACCCGUGCAUUUAUUUUCAAUUUUUAUGUAAUGAUUUUGCAACUUGUGAUCAUGAAGAUGAUGAAAGAUUUUGUGUAAAAAAUGAGAAAAAUAUUUCUAUGUUUCAAAGUAUUUGUCUUUCGUCUGAUUCAUCUAUUCAUUCUGAUGUCGAACAGUUUUAA